UAUUUGGACUGAAAUGGAGUUAAAAUUUGUGUGACCUGUUCUCUAUUGAGUUAUUAUUCUAUCUUGUUUGUGUAGAUCUGUUGGGAAGACUCAGAUGAACCAACAGUCUUCGAGGAGCCAUUUUGUCUUCACUCUGAGAAUAUCUGGUGUGAAUGAGAGUACCGAGCAACAAGUACAAGGUGUACUCAAUUUGAUUGAUCUCGCCGGAAGUGAACGUCUAUCCAAGAGUGGGUCUACUGGAGAUCGGCUAAAAGAAACUCAAGCCAUCAACAAGAGUCUAUCGUCUCUAAGUGAUGUUAUAUUUGCUCUAGCAAAGAAAGAGGAGCAUGUGCCUUUUAGGAACUCAAAGCUUACAUACCUUCUCCAGCCCUGUCUAGGUGGUAACUCGAAGACAUUAAUGUUUGUUAAUGUUUCGCCGGAUCCUCCAUCUGUGGGUGAAUCCCUAUGUUCACUCCGAUUCGCAGCACGGGUUAAUGCAUGUGAGAUUGGGAUCCCAAGGCGUCAAACUAGCUUGCCGCGUCCUUCUGAUUCUCGCUUAAGCUUUGGCUAACUUUUUGGCAGAACUCUCGUUCUAGGUUUUAGAAUUGGUUUGUCUGUAAUUCUGUGUGGCAGCUUGAUUUUUAACCGAGAAUUAAGUUACCUCUAACAACAUCCACCUCCAAUUUGUAUAGUGGAUAAAGUAUUAUCUCUGUAUCAGUAAUAGCAUGGGGCUUUCUCCUUCAGCCAUAUCUGUAUUUACGAGGUUACUCCUUUGUAUUAAUACUUGUCAUUCUAUCAUCACCGAGUUACUUGUGACAUAAUUUACCUCUUUUUGUACUUCUCUUUGGAGAAAGAUUAUAUAGUUGGAAAUCAUCAAAAAUGUGAAACAAAAACAAAUUACUUAAAGUGUCAA